UGAUCGAUGACAGAAAACUACUAGAUUCAGAUUCAAAUAUUUUACAAAGCGUUACCGUUACGAAACGAAUCAUUGCAAUCACCAUAAUAUUGUUUGUGUGUGAAAAGUGCAAAAGAAAUUGCAUAUUUCUAAGAGAAUACAGAUUGUAAUAACGUGAAAAGCUAAAACUUCUUUUAAAAUAUUUAAGAAUAAUUAAUGUGUAAUCAAUCAUCAUGGAUAUGUCUAUCAAUAAGAUCCAUCAUAUUUUAUUGGAUGCUGCAUUACCAUCGACUAUUGAAGAUCUCAAAAAUCCAACAGAAGACUAUAUUGUGAAUUUGUUAACGACAUUCUUAUCACGAUUUUCUAUUGAUGUAAACAUAAUUAAUCAACCAAUUCCGGAACAACAUAUUGUUAUGAUGUACUACGAGGAUUCUGAUAUAAUCAAUCUGAUAAACUUAUACACAGUUCUGACGCAAAUAUUUGAUAAGAUAUUUCUACAAGAUUUUUGUUUUACUGACAUCACUAAUCCUGGGCAAAAACGACUAAAAAAACAUGCAAAACUUUUUUCCAAUUUUGUACUGUAUACAAUGCACAAAAAACCAGAAUUUAAUGAUAAGAAUGAUCAAAUUGAAGCUACAUUAAGGCUUUUAGAAGAACUAAAAGAAAGGAAUGCUCAAGUUGUGGAAUUGAUUAAUAAUAAAUCUAAACAUAAAGCAAAUCAGUCAUCUAUGAUAAAAAAGCUGGAGGAUGAUAUACAACAUAUACUAUCACAAACAGAAAAAAUGAAUAAAAAGGUAUUGCAACUUGAAGCAAUGAAAAAUGAAGUAGAAAAAGAAAAUCAGAUUGCCAAGGAGCAAUGUGGCUCUGUUAAAACAGCAAUGGGAAAACUGUCCAAGGAGAUAGCUGAAUUACAGUCAGAAGUAGUAUAUUCACCAGAAGAAUAUCAAUCUCGUUUAGAUGAAUUCAAGGAACAAAAAAAAUUAAAAUUAGAAGAACGUGACAUAAUACAGGAAGCCAUUCAGGAAAAGAAACAGUCCAUAAAACAAAUAGGAGAAAAAUUAAAUUUUGUUCCGAAAAUGAAUGAUAUAUUUUCUACUUUGAUAGAUGUAGAGAAAAAGCUGAUAAACAAAAAAACAAAAUUAAAUAAUAUUCCAAAGCAAAUUGAUUCAUUGAAUAAUGUAUUAAAAGAAAGGCAGAGUAAAUUAACAAUGCACAAAGAUCAAAUGGAUACAGAAAUGAGCAAAUUACAGUUACAUCAUGAAGAAGAUAUUACCCCAUUGCUCAGCAUGUGUAAUCAACUAUUGAGUGAGAAAAAGGAACAGAUAGCCAAAUUUGAUAGAAAUCAAGCUUGCUUUAAUGAGAAAUGCUUGGAAAAGGAUAAGUUACAAGCAGACAUUAAGAAAAAAGAGGAAAAAAUUUCAGUUCUUAUCCACAAUUGGAAGAAAAUUUAUGAUAAUGAAAUUACUAACGAACUCGAAGCUUGGACGUAACAAUAGGAAACACUUUUAAAAAAGAAAUACAUGAUAUAUUUAAUAAGAUAUAUUUAUAUUAACAAUAAAAAUUCAAAAAUAAAUGGAUACUUUAUAUAAUAUGAUAUUUUAUAUAAUAA